AUGGUGCAGUUUCCGGUUUAGUUUUGGUUCGGUUAGUUCAAUAAUACAAAAAAAGUGUCUCACUGCUAGUCUCGUCAGUGAGAAGCCGAAGAAAGAGUGAAGACCCAAAAAUGCGAUCGUUAGAAGAGCUAUCUCCGUUAGAAACCCUAGAAAUCGAGAACGGCCUCUCUCUCGUCUCACGCGUCAAGCUCUCUCUCACAAUCCACCCUCUCGUCCCCUCCGUCUCAAAGCCCAUCGACGAAUGGCAGCUCAAGCGAUCCUUGAUCGAUUUCCUCAAGAACUCAACUUUCCCCUCCGUGACGAUAUCAGAAGAAGACAUCGUGGUUCGGCGUCACAGGGACUUAAAGAAAAGGAAGCGUGAUGAGCCAGUGGCGCAUGGGUCGUUGUUUAUCCGAGAUUUAGGGUUUCUCGAAGGCAAGAAGAAGAAGGAUGACGAUGCGAAGGUUUUGGAGAAGAAGUUUAUAGAGUGGAGGAAGGUUUUGGUGGAGAAGAUGAAUGGCAUUGAGGUGAAUUUGGAAGGAGUGAAGUAUACUCUCACUGUGGUGCUUCCUGUUUCUGAUGAUUUCGAGAGGUUGAAGAAAGAUUGGGAGGAGUUUUACGCUUUUGGGCAUCCAAGGGAAGGGAGGAGAGAGGCUGAUACAAUGAUACUGAGAGGUGUGCCAUCAAGAUGGUUUGCAGAGACAAGAGUUUCAUCCAAGCCUUCUAUGUUGGUUGCUCAUACUAUCUUCUCCACCUUUGGCAAAAUCAGGAAUUUUAAUGUUGCUGAGGACGAUAAUCUAGGCAAGGACACAGAUGAGUACAGUGGAGACCUCGUAUCAGGUCUGUAUUGUAAGAUUGUUGUUCAGUUCGAGAAGUACAACGACUUUGUGAAUGCCAUGAAGGCUUUCUGUGGCCGCUCUAUGCAAAAGGAAGGUACUCGGCUAAAGGCAGACUAUGAACUAACAUGGGACAAGGUUGGGUUCUUCCGAAACUCGAGGAGGGCAUCGGAUCACAGAGAUGAUGGAUACAGAAACGAGACUGCUGGAUACAAUACGGAUGAUUUACGUCGAAAGAGAUUCAGGAGUAAAACUCUAAGAUGAGGUGUAAGACGAACUUUGGAAGUGGUUUGUAUUUUAGAUUUAUCUUUUUGAAGAUCAGAAUCGGAGUUGUGGUAUUAUGCCGGAUGAUCAUCUUUUAUUUUAUGGUUAAAAAGUACAUCACACCGAACUUGGUAAAAUACUCCAACUUUGUAACAAUGAGGGAACAAACUUUUUUUGGUUGCAUGAUUACAUCCAUCCAAGCUUUUGACUA